GCGCGAGCGCAUCUCUCUUGAGUCCUGCCAUACCCCGUCGCUUCCUUUGAAGGCGUACGUGGUCCCGCCCCGCUCGCCAGCUGUUCGCGGAGCUUACCGGAAAGGGGCCAGAGCGGGUCACCUUUAGGAAUCCUGGGGGCAAGUGCUUGGCCUGAGUAGCUGUGUAGCGAUGUGGUUUGAGAUUCUUCCCGGGAUCGCUGUCAUGGCCGCGUGCUUGGUCAUCCCCGGAGUGGCCACUGCGCACAUCCACAGGUUCAGUAACGGGGGCAAGGAAAAAAGGAUUGCCUAUUAUCCAUAUCAGUGGACUUUGAUGGAAAGAGAUAAGCGCAUCUCUGGAGUUAAUCGUUACUAUGUUUCAAAGAGGAAAAUGGAUGUGACUAAAAGUGUCAAAACUCAGACGAAAAUAGAUGUGGAUGAAAGUCCUACAAGCCAGACGACAGCCACAGAAGACUACAGCAACCUGACGGAAACAGCUCUGGCUUCAGUUAACAGGGCCGUCACUGAUGCUGUUAAGGCUGUAGAAGAAGCUGAAAACCCCAUCAAAAACAUCACCUGGAUCACACACAGUGAAUUCACAGAAGAAAGAGGCCGUGAACAAAUUGAAGAGUUCAUUUUGACUUGGGAGCAUCAAGACAACUGGCUGCACUACACAGAACUCAUAGAGAGGAAAGACUUGAUUCACAGCUUCCACUACAUCUACUGUGUACGCUGGAGCAUUCCAACUGCUUCAAGACCCGUGACACAAGUUAGUGCUGCUGCCUUCUUCACCAUCAAGGUCUUCAAAAGCAAACCAGAUAUACCCAUUGAAGUCUCUUACAUCUUUGAGGACCAUUCAUUAGUUCACAGACCCGGAAUGACUUGCUUUCAAGGAAAAUGGCUGAAGGACAUUACUGAGUCCAAAAAUACUCUAAUGGAGUCAAUUGACUUCUAACGCAAUUGUGUCUGAUUCUUAGAGAAUGUUUUAGGAUUGGAUUUCUAGUCAGAAUGUAUUAAAAAAUACAAUACAGUACAUCAAACCACAGAAUUUUUAUUGAAUAAUAAAACUUGUGGCACAUUAA